AUGACGGAAACACCCCUUCCCACUGCUAGCACCGAUCCCCGCGAGCUCGCAGCCCUCGAAAGCUCCCCCUCGGCCAUCCUCCCAACCUUUACCUCCGAAACCGCUUGGGCGCUAGGCCUCGCCCUCCGCUCCCGAAUCCUCUCCCUCCCCAGCGCAAACCGCAAACCAGCCCUAAUUUCCAUUACACUAACGGGCGGCUCCGAGCCCCAUGUUGUCUUCCAAUGCGCCACGGAACCUGGCACGAUCCCCGAUAACGAGGUAUGGGUGCGCCGGAAGCGGAACACGGUGCUGCGGUGGGGUGUGUCGAGCUGGCUUAUGAGGCAGAAGAUGCUGGCUGGUGUGGGAGGGGAUGCGAGUGGUGUGGAAGCGGCAUUUGUGGGGAAGUAUGCGCUGACAAGCUCGAGUGGUGGGAGAGUUGCGGACGAGUUUGCGAUUCACGGGGGCGGGUUUCCUGUGAGGGUUAAGGGAGUUGAUGGGAUUGUGGGUGUUAUCGUGGUGAGUGGGUUGAAGCAGGAGGAUGAUCAUCAGGUUAUUGUCGAGGUUCUGAGGGAGUUUAUCGAACAGGGAGGUCAUUAA